GAGGGAGGGCCGGCCUUGGUAGGCUCAGCCCCCGUCGGUCGUGUUUACAUCCGUCCCGCUCGGGUUCCCCACCGCGGCCUCGCCCGCCCGCCCUCCGCCGCCCCCACCCACUUGCCCGAACCCACCUUCGCUCCCUUCCAGGCCGGGUCAAUGCGGCGUUUUCCGCCGGGCCAUGGACACCAACGACCUGUUCACCAGCUGCAAGAAGGGCGAUGUUUGUCGCGUGCGAUACCUUCUUGAACAGAGAGAUGUUGAAAUCAAUGUCCGAGACAAAUGGGACAGUACCCCUUUAUAUUAUGCUUGUCUCUGUGGACAUGAAGAACUUGUGCAAUAUCUUCUAGCCAGUGGUGCAAAAUGUGAAGCAAACACGUUCGAUGGUGAACGUUGCUUAUAUGGAGCUCUGAAUGAUGCUAUUCGACGAGUGUUGAAGGAAUAUAAGCAGAUCACAGCCAAGUGCAUGAAGAGGGAUUACUAUGAUGCAUUUCUUCAGCGGCUUCUAGAACAGGGUUACCACAGUGACAUUGUUUUUAUUGUUCAUGGGAAGUCUUUCUGUGCUCAUCGAUGUGUACUGGGUGCUCGAAGUGCAUAUUUUGCAGAAAUGUUUGAGACCAAGUGGAAGGGGAAGAAUGUCAUAGCACUGAAACAUCCAUUGAUCAAUCCAGCAGCCUUUAGUUCCCUUCUGCAAUACCUCUAUACAGGAUGUUUGGACAUAGAUGUAGAAUAUGUAAAUGACUGCAAGAGAUUGGCCAAACAAUGUCAGCUCCAAGAUCUCAUUGAAGACUUGGAAACCAAAUGUAAAAAGGUGUAUGAAUUUGUUUCUUCCAAGCCAGGCACCUGUGUAAAGGUGCUUACAAUUGAACCAUCAGGUGAUUCAAGGUUGCAAGAAGACCUCGCUCUGCUAGCAGAGUGUGCCUUGCCAGCUGAAUUCAGGGUAGGUUUUGGAGAGUUGCCUUUUGAUAGCACCGACAGCUUCAGUAGUUAUCCUGAUCUGUGUUUCCGAGUGUCAAAUUACAGUUUCCUGUGUCACAAGGCAUUUUUCUGUGGCCGAAGUGACUAUUUCAAAGCCCUUCUAGAGGACCACUUCUCGGAGAGUGAGGAGCUACAAACCCAGCCCAGUAUCCCUGUGGUGACUCUUCACAACAUUUCAGAGGAGAUCUUCAUCAGAGUUCUAUAUUACAUCUAUAGUGAUGACACAGAGUUGUCUCCUGAAAACGCCUAUGAAGUGCUUUGUGUGGCUGAUAUGUAUCUGUUACCUGGGCUCAAGCGCCUGUGUGGGAGAAUUUUGGCACAGGUUCUUGACGAAGACAGUGUUGUCAGCAUCUGGAAGAUUGCAAAGCUAUUCCAGCUGACCCGAUUGGAAGAUCAAUGCACAGAGUAUAUGGCAAAGAUAAUUGAGAAGUUAGUGGAGUUUGAGGAAUUUGCAGCAGCAGUGAAGGAGAAUGCUGAUGCCGUGGAGGAGCGGCAGGAGACGGACUCUAUUCCUCUUGUGGACGACAUCCGUUUUCAUAUAACCAGCAACGUUCAAACAUACAGUGCCAUUGAAGAGGCUAACCAGAAAUUAGAUGCCCUGGAUAAUCUUUUGGCUAGCAUAGGACUUGAAUGUUAACCUGGGAGAUUUUCUUGUGUCAUUAUAUGAAGUAUCAGUUCAGAAUUCAUUUCUGCAAAGUUCACAUCUUUUUCUCUCUAUUUGAUUUUCCAAUUUCUUUAUGUUUUUAAGUUUCCCUUAUUUUUUAUGUUACUGACUAUUGCAUCUGGAUUAAUAUUCUUUUCUUCUUCCAGGAAACAGGCCCCCAGAAAAACAUGGUUAGGUGUAUGUUACAUUGUUGAGGAAAGAUUUGCAUGCCUUAUGUAACGAAUGUACUGUUUGGCAUACAACCAGUUACUGCAGUCCCAAAAAGUCUAUCCUUUAGAAUAUUGACAUUCCUGCUGGGUAAAGAAGGAAAUGAAAGCUUUUACUGAAUUAUAAGAAUAUGAAGUAGUUGAACUAGAAGCUGAGAUUGCCUGCUGUUAGUCUUACACUCUAAUCUUCCAAAUGUGUACAGCUGGAUCUGAGCAGACCCUCAGUUUUCUAAUCUAGCUGCUUUAUUCAUCAGGUGAUCAAGUUCAUUUAUUUUAUUUUUUUUAAAAAAUCUGUUCUGAUCCUUGAAAUUUUUGUCACCACUAGGUGCAAAUGUAGGUGCAAUGACAAUAAAUAAAUAAAUAAAUAAAUGCACGCCCCCCCCUUUUCCUGCUACAUUGUAGGAGACAUUGAGACAUGGAAGUUUAGCAUAUCUGUAGAUAGUAAUGAUCCUUUGAUUUUAUUAUGCUUGGGGAUUCACUCAAGUGAUUCACAAAUUUUAGCAUGGAGUAUGUAUGUACAAGUGACUGUGUUGUACUUGCAUGAUACCACAAUGGACCGAUGGAACAUUGUUUCCCUUUGCAGUGGAAGCAUAAAUUUGUUUUGUGCAGAUCCCAAUAUUGUGAGGCAAUAGAAGGUAUCAUCUUGCUAACUAGUUCUACCCUUUGAUAUAUUGAAUGGCAGAUGGGAAUAUAUUCACAUGGCAUAGUCUACACAAGGGGUGUCAAGCUCUCGGCGUCACAUUGUCAUCACAUGAUGUAUUGCAACUUUUUCCUCCUUUGCUAAACCAGAGGUGGGUGUGGCCAGCGCGUGACGCAUCUGAUCUGCAGGCCAUUAGUUUGACACCCCUGGUCUACACAGUGCAAUAUUUUAAGGUAUACAUCAUUUGAAUUAAGUCAGUUCACAUUAAAGUCACCUAUGUGAAGGUCUGUAUGAAAAUUUAACAUUCUGUUGUUGGAUGCAGUGAGGUGUGGGUUGUCCAUAUGUACACAGUUCUAAUAUCUACAAUCACCUGUUGAUAACAGGUGUUCUGGCUGGCUCCAUGUAACUGAUUGGCAGGUUUCCUAAUUGAGACUACUGCUGUUUCCCUGUUCUGUAUAUAUUAAAUCUAAGAUAUAUAUAGAUAACUCAUGAGAUUAGUUUAAUUACUAAAUUCAGAACAGCAUACAAGAGACAUAGAGGUGUCCUGAACUACUAUUUGUCAAGUUUUCUACCUGACCUUUCAUAAUCUGCAUCAUCAUGCCAUAUUUACAUGUUGCACAGAAAAAAUAAUUAAGAUUCUGUUUAUUAAGAUCUUUAGUCUGAAGGAAAAAGUGUCCACUACUGUCCAGAUCAUUAUGUUCUUUGUUACUGCCCCCCCUCCCCCCAUUAAUAUAAAUGAUAAAUGGAAAAUGCAUUCUGGCCAUUCAGAGAGUGGGAGGGAUGGGAUGGGAAAUGCAGUAAAUCAAGUACUUUAAUAUAGAAACCAUACAGCCAGGGUUCUGUGUCACCCAACCACUUUAGAAUUAUGUGCUCAUCAUUAGAGAAAUUUGACAAGGAAAAAACUAAAUCCCAUUUGGCUUAUCCUGACUUUAUUAGGCAAUAUUGUUCCUAUACUAUGGUAAUACUGUUAGUGUUACAGCAAUUGCGAUGGUAGAUUAACUUUAGUGAGACAUGAUGUUGGACUCUAGCACAGUUUUCCAUGCACUGAUAACUCUUUACACGUAAGGUCAAGAAGUUGUGUAUUCUUAAUAGUAUGUCAAGGAAAGCACACCUCUUAAAGGAAUUGUGCUUUAUUUAAAAGCAUGUGGAACUACCGUAGUCUUGUUAUUCACAAACCAUAAAUAAAAGCCUGGCCAGCAUCUUUCUUUUCCUGCAUUUUACUAGAAAAAUGAAGGGAACUAAAAUGCUGAAUUUCUUGACGUUUCUUUUUAGCAAAUAUCUUUGGCAAAUAUUAUAGAAUCUUUCUUGUACCAAUUUAUAAGCCUCCUCCAGUGAAUAAGUGGACAUCAUACUGGAAUAAAUCAUAACUUUUUCUACUUCCAUUUUUUAUUUGAAACAGUAAAUUAUUGGAACAAAAACAAAGCACAGUAAGCUUUUUUAUACAUAACAUCCUAAUGUUCUCUUCCUUGCAAGCAUCUAGUUAACAUGAUAUAAGCACAGAAAAUUACUACUGGUAAUUGCUAUUGGUGGUGUGUUUUUGUUUAAAUAAAAAGAUUUUUAAUAAUAUUGUCAAGUGAAGAUCCAGUUAACUUUUAGAUAGGCAGUGAAGGUGGCUGAACAAAGCUUUGUAUAUAGUACUGAGAAUGAUAAGUAAAUUCAGAAUGAAUUACCAGUAUUACUGUGUUUUGAAGCUGCUUCUCAGUACAGCUCCUUGAUGAGCUGUCUCCUUGCUCUGUCUUGUAUUUUGUUGGUUGCCCUUGUAUAAAUCAGAGUUGUGGAUAAAAACAGACUAAUACCUAUUUAACGUAUUGUGAAAAGUCACCUUCCUUAAAUCCAAAGAAGUUAGGAAAACAGUGUAUCUCUAAUUAUUUAUUGUAUAGUCUUCCUGGCUAUUAAUUGAUUGUAAAAAGUUUAAAUGUCAGACUUAUUAUUAUUAUGAACUUACUUUUAACCUGGCCCUCUGUUAUUUAAAAUAAAGAGAAUGUAAAGCUUUUCAGAAUGGCAAUAUAAUUAUAUAUUUAAAAGCUUAAUAUACAAGCAUGUGUGCAGCAAUAAAGAGUCUAUUUCAUUAA